UCCACUUCGGAGCAUCAGUGAGCGGAGGACAUGACGAUGCGGACAGCGGUCUGUCGCGGAUCUACCGGGCGUGUAAAAUCUGGACGACAUGAGUGUGAUUGGUUUUAUUGUUGGAUUUUUUUUCACCGAGUGAAUCUGAACGUGUAGCGGGACUGCAAUGGAGCGUCGAUCCAACGCGUGAGAGCUGCUGACGGUCUGUCUGUUUGUAAGCUGACAUUACAGACAAUAAGCCAAAGGAAAUUAGCCAUUAGACACUGUGGCAUUUCAUAAUUUCAUUAUUGGAGUCUGUGUUAUUAGGCACUGUGGCUGUUUUCCUUUAUGAUAUGAUCAAAAAAGCCAUACUGAAUUUGUUAUUAAUGAUUCAAAAAUCACUGGUUUCAUAUUCAUAGCAGACAGGAGGCUGAUUAAAGGCGUUGUAAAGGUUCCCAGCCAAUUUUUGAUUUAGAUUGUCCUUUUGUUGUUUACAACAAGAAACAGAAGCCAGUCAUGUCAAAAAAUAAGAGCAGUGAGUCGGUGAAGGUGGUAGUUCGAUGCCGCCCUUUGAACCGGAAAGAGGAGUCCAAUGGGCCUGCAGGGGGCAUUGUGCAGAUGGACCUGCGGCUCGGACAGGUGAUCCUCAGAAACCCUCGUGCGCCAGCCAGCGAGCCCCAGAAAACAUUCACGUUCGAUGCAGUUUAUGAUGCAAACUCAAAACAGCGAGACCUGUAUGAUGAGAGCGUCCGGCCGCUGAUAGAUUCAGUGCUGGCAGGGUUCAAUGGCACCAUAUUUGCGUAUGGGCAGACCGGAACUGGGAAGACGUACACCAUGCAGGGGGCCUGGUUGGACCCGGAGAAACGGGGUGUGAUCCCCAAUGCUUUUGACCACAUCUUCACACACAUCUCUCGCUCGCAGUCUGAUAGGCAGUACCUUGUGCGGGCAUCCUACCUUGAGAUCUAUCUGGAAGAGGUUCGGGAUCUCCUCGACCCCAACCACGGCAACGCCAGAGCCCUGGAGCUCAGGGAGAGUCCAGAGUCCGGGGUGUAUGUGCGUGACCUCACAUCGUGUGUCUGUAAGAGCAUCAAGGAGAUCGAGGAGGUGAUGAACGUGGGCAACCAGGCGAGGGCGGUUGGGGCGACAGACAUGAACGAACACUCGUCCCGGUCCCAUGCGUUGUUCCUGAUCACAGUGGAGUGCAGCCAGCCUGGACCAGAUGGGAGGAAACACAUCCGGGUCGGCCGCCUCAACCUGGUGGAUCUGGCUGGAAGCGAGCGCCAAGCCAAGACAGGCGUCCAGGGAGAACGCCUGAAAGAGGCCGCCAAGAUCAACCUUUCCUUGUCAGCACUGGGGAACGUCAUCUCAGCACUGGCCGAUGGGCGCAGCAGCCAUGUGCCGUACCGGGACUCCAAGCUGACCCGGCUGUUGCAGGACUCUUUGGGAGGGAAUGCAAAGACUGUUAUGGUUGCCACCUUAGGCCCAGCCCCCCAGCACUACGAUGAGACCCUCACCACCCUACGCUACGCCAACCGGGCCAAGAACAUCCAGAACCAGCCCCGAGUCAAUGAGGAUCCCAAGGAUGCUCUACUGCGUGAGUUUCAGAGGGAGAUCGCUCGCCUCAGGGCCCAGCUCAACCACAGGAAGUGGAGGAGCAAACAGAAGAAGGAGCAGGUGGAGGGCGAGGGCUGGGAGAGAGAUGGGGAUGAAGAGACAGAGGAUGAGGAGGAGGUGGAGAAAGAGGCGGAGGACUAUGUGAAGCUGGAGGAGCAGCGGUUGGAGAGGGAGAAGGAGGCCAUCAGAGAAGAUCAAUUCCUGUUGGCUGAGGAGAAGCAGAGGCUCCUGGGAGAGAAUAAGAGGAUGAUGGGAGAUCUGAGGAAGGAGCAGGAAGCCACCGAGCAACUGACCGCCAAGUACAAGGCGAUGGAGAGCAAGCUGCUGGUUGGUGGAAAGAACAUCAUGGAUCACACUAAUGAGCAGCAGAAGAUGCUGGAGAUGAAAAGGCAGGAGAUUGCUGAGCAGUCACGUAGCGAGAGGGAGAUGCAGCAGAAGAUGUUGGUCCAGGACGAAGAGACGGUGGAGCUGAGAGAGACUUUCACUUCUCUGCAACAGGAGGUGGAGGCCAAAACCAAGAAACUCAAGAAGUACCUCAAGCUAUAUGCCAAGCUCCAGUGCAUCAAAGCGGAGAUCCAGGACGUGAACGACGAGCAUGUGAGGAGCCGACAGGAGCUGGAACAAACUCAGAAUGAGCUCACCAGAGAGCUCAAGUUCAAGUAUCUGAUCAUAGAGAACUUCAUCCCUCCAGAGGAGAAGAAUAAGAUCAUGAACAGGCUGACCUUUGACCCCGAAGAGGAUCAGUGGAAGUUUCAGCCUCUUGUUCCUGCUGAAAGUAAAUCCUCGCAGAUGAAGAAAAGGCCGACAUCUGCAGUCGGAUACAAACGACCCAUCAGCCAGUAUGCCAGGGUUGCCAUAGCGAUGGGCGCUCACUCCAGAUACAGGGCUGAGAACAUCAUGUUUCUGGAGCUUGACAUGACUCCUCCAAACACCGCCUCACUGGACCGCUCAACGGAGGUGGAGCCGAACCAAAGUCACUCUCUCGACAAUUCGCCCACCAAAGACAGAGGCGUCCGCAAGUCUCGAUCCUGGUGCCAGAACCCAAAAUCCAUCACUUCCUCCUCUUCUAAUGUUUCUUUGGCAGCUUGUCACACGGCCACACCCAUGGCGGCACAGUAAAGCCUUCCAGUUUAGUGGAAGAGGAAGCGGAAGUGAUCCUCUGAUAACUCCUCAAUGAGGCCUACAGCUGGCAACGACAAACACACACCACCACCUAUGCUGAAUCCUGAGAGUUGACAGAAUACAUUAGAGAGUAGCUAACCAGGAAGUGAUUUUCUGACAACAAAAUGACCCAAUGAACCUCAGAAACUCUGUAAAACACCAUUUCCUCCUGUUCUACAGCUGUAAAGACCCACCAGAACACCUUCUUCCUUGCAUGUUUGAGACUAUGAGCUUUGGGUCAUCCUUUUAAACAAGUGGCUGCAGUGCUGUACUGCCCACACUGUGUGUGUGUGUGUGUGUGUGUGUGUGUGUGUGUUAUCUGUAUAUAAAAGGCUGUAUGAUUGCCUGUUUGUGUUUCUAAUUGUGACCAACGCAGAUCUGAAAGCUCACAAACAGCUUGAAUCGCCUGAAAGAUAUCAGUGUAGAUAUUUCAUGUAUUUUUGAGGGGGGUGGCAGGGGCUGUUUUCAGAGUAAAGGGGUGACAGUUGGCUAAGAAAGGAAUUCAUAGAGAGUUUAUGUCCAUGUUGGCUGUCACAGUAGAAAAUAAUCAUGUAACAUAAUGAUGUGUGCUGUUGUUGGUCAGAUGAGGUACUCCUGAAACCUGAAUGAUGACCUUUAUCAUACCUGUUGUCCCGCAUUAUUCCUUUGUCCCUCCACGGUGUCUAAUUUAAAAGCAGCGCCUUAAAAUAAUUUCAUUAAAAUUAAAAAUAGUGAGGCACACUUCCAAAAAUAAAUUAGGUAUGAAAAUUCAUCCUAAAUCAGGGAAACUGGUGUAAAAAAGCUUAACUCAAGGUUACCUUACUAGUUUUUUCUGGAGCUGGAUGAGAGAUCAAAUAAGAUGGAAGAGCAACACAUGUGGUUAAAAGCUCAUAAAAAGCUAAUAAGUGGAUCAUAAAUUAACGUAAAAUUCCAAAAUGCUACUUAUUAUUUAACCAUAUGUUGCCAGUUCAAACUUAACAAUGGCAUUGUAAUGACUACAAAACAAUGAUGAUUUAAACACAGAUAACUUUUUCCUUUUGUAUGUUUGGGCACUUAGUUAAAAUGUUUUUAAAAAUUAUGGACUCAGUGGGGAAGAAAACAGAAAAUUUGUUCUUUUCAUGAAAAGAAUUAAUAUGAUACUUCAAAACAUUUGAAAAAAACAUGGUCACACACUCAAAGGUUUUCCUGCAGUUUAAUUCAACAAAGUUUCAUCAGACAAGCUCACUUCUUCAGGACAUGACAGUGUACACACGCAGUUUAUAUAGGCUUAGUUCAUCUGUAGCUCUAUAAACAGUAAAACUAAACUUCAGUACACCUGUUCAAAGGUUGACUGUUGAAGUUGAAGUGUACCUUUUCUGGGCUGUUGUCUAGACCGCAGUCUGAAGUCGGGGUCACAGAGUUUGUUACCUGCUAGAGGUUAAGAGGAGCAGACAGUGGGGGCCAUGCUGACUAAUUAUCACUAUAUUAUUGAUGCCAGAGAUCCAGUUGCCGCUGAACCCCCUGCUAGGAUUAAGAGAGAACAGAGCAGUCCUUUAUUAGCAUGGAGAAACAACAUGUAUUACCAGAUCUGUUUUGUUUUUGUUGUUUUUUUGUUUUUUUUACCAAUCUUUACUUAAUACAUGAAAUUGUCCCUCUUUGUAUACAAAAUGUUUUAUAACCUAAUCUUCAAACCAUGUCACUGAUAGUGUAUCUGAUAAUGGGGCAGAAAUGUACUUGUGGAAAUUUACAAAAGUUUACUUAGAUGUCAGGCCUGGAUCAUUUUAACGACAUACCUUAGAGUUACUGCAACCUCCUCAUCCUAGGGCAGCAAAUAAUUGUAUUUUUAUUAUUAUGGAUGAAUCUACUAACGAUUCUUUUAAUCAAUUCAUAAUUUGAUCAAGAAAAUGUCCCAGAAGUUCCCAGAGUCCAAGGUGAUGUCUUAAUAUUGCUUGUUUUGUCUGACACCCAAAGACUUCAAGGAUAUAAAACAGAGACAGCUAGCAGAUCAAAAUGCAAACUGUUUGAUAUUUUGAUUGAAGAGGCUCUAUUCGCACUCAUUCCCAGCAUUAACAGUAGCCUACCAAUAUUCUAUUAAUCAGUAACAAAAACAAAACAAGAGGGAAAGGGUUUAAUGGCAUAACUCUUUUUGUAUGUUGUCAAAUUAAAGUCAGAUGCUGUUUUUAGUGAAUUUAAAACCUGUGUUAACCUACUUCCUUCACUGUCUCAACCAUUUCCAGAUGCACACUGACUAUUGUAUGAGUUUAGUCAUCAGUAUAUGGGUACACCUAGUUUGUUAUUUAAAAACAUAUGUGGCUUUAAAUGCUCUGAGGCUUUACAAAAACGGUUCAUGCUGUAUAAUGGUGCUUAAAAUACAUGCAACUAUACCUUUAUUUGAAGUGAAAGAUUCACCACAAAUGGAAGGGUCUUACUAUACGUUUAGUAGAUAUGUAUAGAAAAGGAUAUUGUAUUUAUUUGGAAUUGUUUUUCAGCAUUAGAGGAUUUAUCAGGCCAUAUUUGAGGCUGCUGUUCAUCAGAUAGAGACAUUAAAAUGUUGAUAUUCAAGUACAAUUUUGAAAAAAAUUGAAACGGCUCCUUUAAAUGCUUAUCUCAGUAUGUAGUUUCAUCAAACAUCUCUACUGCCUAAAAAUUUCCAGAAAUUAUGAUCUCAAUUUCAGGGCAGGCAGUGAUGCAAGGAGGAAUUGGAUUAAAUAAUUUAGGAACAAAGGCAUGAUGAAAAACAAGCAGUUAUUUCCAGUCUAUGCUGCCUCUGAACAUUGUUCAUGUAUAACAUUUUUUCAUAUUAGUGAGUAAAAUCAUCCAUGUACGUUUUCCAUCAG